AUGGAAGCGCUCCUCAAGACUCUCAAGAGCGCGCUGGCGUUCAUCGAGGUCUUCGAUGGUCGGGGUUGGUUCAUGCGCGCCCUCAAGUCUUCCUCCGACAAGUCGGCCCUCGAGAGCUUCCACCACGCCAUCACAGCUCACUGCACGGACAUGUCGCUCAGCUUGCAAGUGGCUGCGGACGAGCAUCUGAUCCUCAACGAGGUCGUCGAGAGGAUUUCUUGGCUGCAAACCCUGCAGAGGAAGAUGCUGGAGACGCAGAGCCAGACAGGGAAGGUUGUCGUCGACGCCUCCCGCAAGGUCGAGGAUAGCGAUCUCAUGACCAAGCUCGAGACCAUCGCAGCUCAGCAGGCGGCACAGGAGGAGCUUCUCCAGCGUUUGCUAGGUCAGGUUCCGGACGUACAAGGCGGUGACUCGACCCAAGAUCUUGCGGCUGCUUAG